AUGCUACUAUUUUAUAGAUUGAUCCUCCUUGCCGCGUCGCUGUCGGGUAGCGGCGUGGCACAGCUCACAGAUAGCUACGGAUUAUCUUUCCCGUUGAGGUCAGAACUGUCUGAGGAUGCGAUACUGGUGGCAAAUAACGGAAUACGCGUGCCUUUCGGGAGAUCCGUUUUCAUUGAUCCUGUCAAUGAUUUGGUGAUUCAAACGCAACCGGGGGACCGGUGCAGUAUCACCGUUCUGGAUAACCAGCCGCUUUCCCAGAGACCCGGGCAACUGUCUCCCAAAAAGUUUCCGUGUGAUUUCGGUCCCAACGACGUCACAUACUCCCACUUCGGCUCGAGGAGCCUGGCUAAAGACAGAGUGAGGCUACAGCUCAGGUAUGAUACUCAAACCGAAACCGUUAUCAUCCCAUUCAUGACGGAGGUAGAAGUGGUUUUUACGCAACUGGAGGUCCUCACCAAAAACAUGCCGCUGACCGUUGCUAAAUUGAACGGCGUUAGUAAUGCCAUUGAUAAAACGAUUUUGGAAUUCACUUAUGACAGAAACUCUCAAAAAUGCAAGGUGAAUUCUUUAGCGAGUGGUAGCGCUCUCCCCAAGUACGGAAGACUUGUAGAUGAUGGACUCACUAAAAUUAUGGACUGUGACGAAUUCAUUCAAUCUGACAUCCGUUACAAGCACACGUUUGUUCACAAAUCCCCCAACAGAGACUAUGUGCCCAUGGUUGUUGAACUAUGUGAUAAAGAGGGAAACAAAGUAAACGAGGAGUAUUUCCAACUGAUGAUCCAUAUCAAGGAGGGAGUGGCGAACACUCCUCCUAAACCCAGCUUCAUGGCAAUGCUGAUGAUGGAGGUGAGUCAGUUUGUGAUGACAGCUCUGACCACUGACAUGCUGGCUGCGGAGGACCUGGAGUCGAACCCUGAUGAACUUAUCUUCAACAUCACCUCCCCCCUCUCUUAUGAGGAUGGUUAUAUAGUUAGCACGGAUGACAGGAACCUACCCAUCACCUCGUUUUACCAGAGUGACCUACGGGACCUGAAAAUAGCCUACAAGCCCCCCUCCCUGGACUCAGACAUGGAGAGGAUCUUUCAGAUAGAGUUUGAGGUGGUGGAUCCGGACGUGGCUGUCUCGGACCCCUUUGCGUUCAUGAUUGUGGUGAAGCCGAUUAACUCUCUGGCGCCGGUCGUGACGCUGAACACGGGUCAGCUGCUUUACGAAGGUCAGUCCCGCCCCCUUUUCUCUACCCACAACCUGGAGAUUAGUGACGAGGACGACCUGGACAGCGUUACGGUAACCGUUGUUGACGGGCUCCGCCACGGCGACCUCACAGUCCUGGGGUUGCGCAGGAAGUACUUCACGGCUGCCGACCUGAAUACGGGUGUGGUCAUCUAUCAACAUGAUGGCAGCGACACGUACAGUGACAACAUCGUCUUCAGAAUGACAGAUGGAAAGAACCAGGUGGAGUUCCUGUUUCCCUUGACGAUUGUUCCCACGGAUGACGAGCCUCCCAUCAUCAACAUCAACACUGGUCUUGUGCUCUUCAAGAACCAGAUUAUGGCUAUCUCUCCUCUGAUGCUCAGCGCCGCUGACAUCGACUCAGAAGAUUCCACGAUCAAAUUCAUGAUCGAGCCCCCAUUCUCAACCAUCGGGGGGUUGCUGCUGAGGCAGUCCGACGCCCCAGAGGACCCCGAGUCAUGGAAGUUCAAUGCUGAGGAUGAGGUGUAUGAGAAGGAGGUGACAGAGUGGCUGCAGAAAGACAUCACAGAUGGGAAGGUGUUCUAUAAACACACCGGACCACAUAACACUGACACAGUCAUAGACCAGUUUGUGUUCAAAGUUCAUGACGACAAUGACCCGCCUAACGAAUCGGGCGAGAGCACGUUCACCAUCAGGGUUCUACCCAUCGACGACCUUCCCCCUGAGCUUUUUCCCGGUACCACGCUCCAAGUGACUGUUCAGGAGUACCAGCUGACUCAUUUCGGUAAGAACAUGCUUCUCUACACUGAUCUAGACUCUGAGGAGCACGACCUGAAAUACACAGUGAUCCAGCCGCCAACAGACACAGACGAGAACAGCCCGGUGGUGUUCGGGUCCAUUGUUCUGACUGAGAGCCCCGACACUGAGGUCAACGAGUUCACACAGGCUCAGGUCAACCACCACAAGAUAUCCUACAGUCCUCCAGACCAGGAGCUGGGCAUCACGGCUCACGUCCUCCAGUUCCGGUUCUCUGUCGAAGACACGGCCGGGAAUAGCGUCGAGGGGGCUUUCAGGAUUUUCCUGCAGCCAGUUGACAACAAACCACCACAGAUCACUAACACUGGCUUUUCUGUGUUUGAGCAAGGCAUGCAUGUGAUAUCCAGUGCUGAGUUGGACACAUCAGACCCAGACACAGACAGUAAACAGAUAUCGUUUACCCUCAGCCAGCCUCCGCUGCACGGUCAAGUCCAGCAUGCCUUCUCAGACCUACCCAAAGGGGGAGCUUUUUUCCUAGAGGACAUCUCGGACAGGAAGGUCAUAUACGUCCAAAACGGCGACGAGACAGUGAGCGACGUGUUCCAACUCGACGUCAGCGAUGGGAUCCAUGUUGUCACGGUUAAAGUCAGAGUCGUCGUGAAGCCCGUUGACGACGAGACGCCGGCCGUCAGUUUACCAGCCGGGACGGUCGGUUCACAUAUGGACGUCCUAGAGAAUGGAGCUAUGGAGAUCACUACGAGUGUCCUCCAGGGGUGGGACGAGGACACCGACGACCUCCAGCUGACCUUCAUCAUCGAGAAAGCGCCCGUGUUUGGUGUCAUCCUGGUUGCCGGGGCACAUGCCGUGAAGUUCACCCAAGUCGACAUCAUCAACGGUUUAGUGGUGUAUGUCCACACCGGCGGAGAGAUUGGGCUGACGUCCAUCAUGGACAGCUUCAACCUCACCCUAACUGACAUGUCAGAUGAUUGGUCAGUGGGCGGGAACACGGUCAACGGUGUCCACGUCCGUGUCACAAUCAUCCCCGUUGACAACCAGGCCCCUGAGGUAACCGUGGGUGACCAGUUCAUCGUUGUCGAAGGAGAGAAGUAUGCCAUCGGAACACAGUAUUUAAAGGCCGAAGACAAAGACACAACCAGUGAUGAUAUUCUCUGCACCAUCAUCGUCCAGCCCACGUCUGGUUAUGUGGAGAAUAUCUCCCCAGCUCCUGGAUCAGAGAGUUCACGGUCAGGGACGGCAGUCAGCGCCUUCUACAUCAGAGACAUCACAGAAGGACAUGUAUAUUAUGUUCAGAGUAUCCACAAGGGGUUAGAACCCGUAGAGGACAGGUUCACAUUUAGAUGCUCCGACGGUAUCAACUUAUCAAAAAGGCAUUUCUUCCCUAUUGUGAUUAUUCCGGCUAAUGAUGAAAAGCCAGAGAUUUACUUGAGGGAGAUAGUUGUGAUGGAGGGGAUGAAUAUAGUCAUAGACACUCAUCUCCUGAACGGAGCAGACACUGAUAUCCCAGCAGAGGAGCUGACUUUCAUCAUCUCCAAACUGCCCAAACACGGCUUUAUCCUCAAUCAGCUAGCCACAGGCUCAGUCCCAGUCAUAAACUUCACCUUAGAGCAGAUUAGGGAAGCUUCCAGUUUCAUCUACGAACAUGACGACUCUGAGACCACCGAGGACAGCUUUGACGUCAUUCUAACAGACGGGAAAUAUUCAGUAGAGAGAACCGCGAUGGUUAUGAUCAUCGGCCUCGACGACGAGAUGCCGAGAAUGCUGGUUAAUGUCGGUCUGGAGGUGGAAGUAGGUGAGGCGAAAGAGAUCAACAACAAGGUCCUCAAAGCCACCGAUCUAGACUCGGACGAUGGAGCGUUGACGUAUGUGAUCCGCUUCGGUCCUGUUCAGGGUGUUCUUCAGAGGAAAACCCCAUCUGGUUCUCUGGAGAACAUCAUGUUAGGCAUGAAUUUCACACAGAGGGAUGUGGACAAAAGGUUGAUCGUUUACACACACAAUGGUCAGGAAGGCAUCUGUGACCUGGUCAAGUUUGACGUCACCGACGGCAUGAACCCUCUGAUCGAUCGUUACUUCUACAUCACCAUCAGCAGCAUCGACAUGGUCUUCCCAGACGUGGUCAGCAAGGGAGUCUCUCUGAAGGAAGGCGGUAGAGUAACAUUGACCACAGAUCUUCUCAGUACUAGCGAUCUCGACAGUCCAGAUGAACGUUUGGUGUUCACCAUCACCAGAGCUCCAGUUAGAGGACACCUGGAGUGUAGUGAUACACCAUGGAUCCCCAUCGUGUCAUUCACCCAACUCCAGCUGGCUGGCAGUAAAGUCUACUACAUCCAUACCUCGGACGACGAAGUCAAGAUGGACAGUUUUGAGUUUGAGGUAACCGACGGUUACAACCCGGUUUUCCGUACUUUCCGAGUCGCUGUCGUGGAAGUGGAUAACAAGAAACCAGUUUUAACGUUUCACAGACUCGUGGUCACCGAGGGGCAGAGUAAACUCCUCACGCCAAUCGAGCUGACCGCAGAGGACCAGGACACAGCUGACCUGUUGUUGAAGUUCACCGUCACCCAACCACCAGCGCACGGAAAACUCCUCUAUAACCACACCUCACCUGUCACCAUCUUCACCAAGCAAGACCUCAGCGAGAACCUCAUCAGCUACAAACAUGAUGGCACCGAGACCUCAGAAGAUUCCUUCUCAUUUACUAUGACCGACGGGAUGCACACUGACUUCUACGUGUUCUCCGACACGGUGUUCGAGACACGGCGCCCACAGACAAUGAAUAUCACGGUGGUGGCCAUAGAUAACAGUGUCCCUCAGCUGGUGGUGAAUAAGGGCGCCCCGUCACUGAGGAUCCUGUCCACGGGGCACCUGGGGUUCCUCGUGACCUCCACGGUUCUACGGGCGUUAGACAGGGACAGCGUUCCGGCUUCCUUAGCGUUCCACGUCACCACGGAACCCAAGCAUGGUUACCUCAUCAAUCUGGGCAAAGGGAACGACUCCAUCGACACCUUCAGUCAAGCUGACAUUGAUGACCUAAAGAUCUGCUAUGUGUUAAGAAAUGAAGAGAGGGCAACCACAGACCUCUUCCUCUUCUCUGUUGAAGACAACGGUGGAAACAAGCUGAAGGAGCAGCAGUUCCGUCUGGACUGGUCCUGGAUCUCUCUGGAUAGAGAGCACUACGUUGUGGACGAGCAGGACACGUUCCUGGACGUGGUCCUCAAACGACGAGGGUAUCUGGGAGAAACCUCCUUCAUAGGUAUUGGUACCCAGAGCGGCAGUGCAGAGAAUGACCAGGCCUUUAAGGGUCACUCCCAGAAGCAGGUACAGUUUAUCCCUGGCCAGACACGUGCCACCUGGCGUGUUGUGAUCCUUGCCGACGGGAUCUUUGAACAGUCUGAAACCUUCCGGAUCCUUCUGUCUGAGCCCGUUAUGGGAGCACUGGAAUUCCCUGCCACCGCCAUGGUGGAAAUACUGGGCCCUUCCGACGAGUCCACAGUGUUCAUCCCUCAGUCCAGUUACUGGAUAAAGGAGGAUGUUGGAGAGAUGCUGGUACCUGUCCACAGGAGUGGAGACAUCAGCCAGGAACUCAUGGUGAUCUGCUAUACUCAGCAGGGUUCAGCCACUGGUACCAUCCCCUCUACAGUCCUGUCCUACUCUGACUAUAUUUCCAGGCCAGAGGAGUACGCCAGCAUCCUGCGCUUCGACAAGGGAGAGACGGAGAAACAGUGUGGCGUGGUCGUCAUCGACGACUCCCUGUACGAGGUGGAGGAGAGCUUCAACGUAACGUUGUCCCUGCCCAUCGGAGGGUGCCUCGGUGCACACUACGCCACCACUAAAGUCAACAUAUAUCCAGACCAAGAUGAUGCUCCAGUGUUCUUUGGCGAGGUAGAGUACCGUGUGGAUGAGAGUGAUGGUCACGUGGAGGUUAGAGUGUUGAGGACAGGAACGGAUCUGUCCAAGACUGCUACCGUCACUGUGCGCUCACGCAAGACGGAGCUGGCCUAUGCAGAGGCUGGUGUGGACUACGUAGGGAUCAGUCGUAACCUGGACUAUGCCCCAGGGAUGAACCAGCAGACCUUCAGGGUGACAAUCCUGGAUGACCUGGGUCAGCCGGUGCUGGAGGGGCCAGAGACCUUCGAGCUGGUCCUCCACAUACCGGUGAAUGGCAUUCUGGGAGAACCGGGCAAGACCACUGUCUUCAUCAACGACUCCAUCUCCGACUUGCCCAAGGUCCAGUUCCAGGAGGCGUUGUAUACGGGGGAGGAGAGCGACGGUCGUAUCCUGGCAACAGUGUACCGUAGUGGUGACAUCAGCUACAAGUCCACCGUGCGCUGCUACACCCGACAGGGGUCAGCUCAGGUCACCACAGACUUCCAGGAACGACCCAACACGGACGUUUCCAUCAUCACCUUCCUGCCAGGGGAGGCGGCACAGAAGUGUGUGUUGUUGCUGGUCGAUGACACAGUCCACGAGGAGGGGGAGGAGCUUCGACUGGUCCUGGGGAACCACAAGAGCGAAUCACCUUUCGGGGCAUCGGUCGGAGAGCUGAAGGAGACCGCCAUCCUGAUUAAAGAUACUGCUGACAAGUCUAUUAUCAAGUUUGGAGAGACCGAGUUCAGUGUGAGUGAGCCCAAGGAGGCAGGCUCUGUUUCCUCGGUGAAGAUUCCAGUGCUGCGAUUGGGCGACACCUCCAAGUUGUCAGUGGUCCGAGUUUACACCAAGGACGGGUCAGCUACCUCAGGAGAGGACUACCAUCCUGUCUCAGAGGAUGUUACGUUUAAGCAUGGGCAGACGGAGCACGUUGUAGAGGUGCAGGUGUUGCAUGACAGAAUCAGAGAGAUGACAGAAGCCUUCACCGUUCACCUGAAACCUGACGACAACAUGGUGGUCGAAACGCAGAUGACUAAGGCCGUCGUGUACAUUGAGGAGACCAACGGUAUGGCCGACGUCACCUUCCCCUCCCCGCCUCAAGUGGUGUCUCUGCUGCAAUAUGACGACGUCAGCAAGACAGCGCAGGACCUCCACCCUCCUGCUGGCUACCCCAUUGUCUGUGUCACCGCCUGUAACCCUAAGUACCCUGACUACGACAAAACAGGCUCUAUCUGUGUCAGCGAGCACAUCGACAACACGCUGACACGCUACCGCUGGCUCGUCAGUGCCCCUGCUGGCCAAGAUGGGGUCACUGCACCCAUGAGAGAGGUGGACUUUGACACCUUCUUCACCUCCUCCAAGAUGAUCACCCUGGACUCUGUCUACUUCCAGGCCGGAUCCAGGGUGCAGUGUACUGCCAGGGCCGUCAACUCUAACAAACACGAGGGACUGGAGCUCAGCAGUCCCAUAGCUACUGUUAGUCUGGAGGAAGGUAUGUGCCCGCCUCGUAAGGUGGGCACUGUGGGUGCAGGGCCCUUCUCUGCCAAGCUACGCUACACCGGAGCAGAGGACCCAGACCACCCCAACCUCCUUAAACUCACUGUUACCAUGCCACACAUUGAUGGCAUGCUACCGGUCAUCUCAACCCGUCCUCUGUCUAACAUGGAGCUCACCCUCAGCCCUGACGGUUCUGGCAACCACCGCUGCUCCAACCUGCUAGACUACAGCGAGGUCACCACGGGUCACGGGUUUAUCACCGCGACGGCGAGGAACGCGGAGAGCGUAGGCGACACCUCCCCCUACCAGUACAGCACCCCAAUGCGGGGGGACAACGCAUUACGUUUCUAUAGUAACCUCAACCUAGAGGCCUGCCUAUGGGGAUUCACCAGUUACUAUAACAUGUCUGAACUACUCACUGACUGUGGAGGGACCAUCAGGACAGACAGACAGGUGCUGAAUCUGGUCCAAUCAUACGUGACUCUGAGUGUUCCACUGCACGUGUCAUACGUGUUCCACUCCCCAGGGGGUGCGGGGGGCUGGCAGCAUUUUGACCUGCAGUCUGAGCUCCGCCUCACCUUUGUGUACGAUACUGCCAUGCUGUGGAAGGACGGCAUCGGGAGUCCACCGCAGGCUGAGUUACAGGCUGUCCUAUACCCCACCAGUAUGCGUAUCAACGAGCAGGGUCGUCUGGUGGUCAACUUCAAAACCAAGGCUCGCUUCAGAGGUCUGUUUGUCGAGGCCCACUCUGAAGGCAGGAUCAAGAGCACAGCAUCCUCUCUGUCAUCCAUGGUGAUGUGUGAAGACAACCCUGGCCUGACCUUUAACCUCAGCCUGGUGAGGAGUGAACCCACCUACAACCAGCCUGUCCAGCAGUGGACAUUCACAUCAGACUUUGCUGUGCGUGACUAUUCUGGUCCAUACAGAGUGAAUCUGAUUCCCUGUACUACAGCCCAGAACAUGGAGUACACCGUCCCCCCUGUCUGUAACCCCGGAGAGCCUGUCCCCUUCCACCUGGACAUACGCUUCCAACAGGUCAGUGAACCAGUAUCAGUGGAGUUCAGUCUCAACACUCAGAUAUUCCUGCUGUCCAAGAGGAACCUGUGGCUGUCUGACGGAUCCAUGGGCUUCGGACAGGAGAGUGGCGUGGCCUUCUCAGAGGGUGAUACUAUCUACGGUCUUGUGAUGGUGGACCCUGUUCAGAACCUGGGGGACUCUUUUUUCUGCAACAUAGAGAAGGUGUACCUGUGCACCGGCGUGGAUGGAUACGUACCCAAGUACAACCCCACUAACUUUGAGUUUGGAUGUCUGGCUGAAUCUCCCUCUCUGCUCUACCACUUCAAGAUCUUAGACAAGGCCCAGCCCGAGACUCAGGCCCGUGGGUUUGGUGAUGUGGAUUUUAAUGCAAUGUUGGCUGUAGACGACCCCUCAGCUCUCUCUCUGGUCAGACAGCCUGGGACAGAUGGAUUCAGACUGGACUCUACGGCCAUGUUCCAGGUGGCUGCGGGUCGUGAGUGGUUCAUCCACACCAUCUACACCAUCCGCCCCAAAGACAACGACAACCACGGCAUCGGCAAGAGGAGCCUCGAGUACCAUCACUCCCUGGUUGCCACGGGCAACGACCUCUCCAUUACCCCCAGGGUCAAAGGUCAAGGUCACCGUGUGAGGAGGUCAGCCAGUGGUUUGGUCGGAGCGGCGGUCCCCGACGUGGCCGAUGACAUUGGAGCAGACAACAACCGUGGCACCAACAUCAUGCACAUCGCCCUGGACCGUACCAAGAGGAGGGCAGCGGGGGGGGUGGAGCUGUACGCCGACCGUCUGGAACCAAGGGAGCUGAGCAGGGGGGAGGGGGACGAGGGGUUGCCGACGGUGGUGGGGUGGUUGGUGGGAAUGCUGCUUACCUUCCUCCUCAUCAUCAUCCUCGUCCUGGUGGUCCGGUACAGACAGAAGGAGGAGAGGAAAGAGAGGGUGUGGGGGUCGGCGAGCACGGAAGGGAUGAUGGUGGCGAGGAUGGACGACUGCAGCAACAGCUCAGAGGUCUAA